AUGUAUUUGUGGUUCUUUGCACUUCUCAUACAUUUAGUUUUAAGUGCAAAUCACGUAGCAGUGAGUAUAAAUAAUUUACCAGAAGAUAUUGCUUACAACGAAACAUAUUUCAGAAUCAUCGAAUACACUUUUAAAAAGCACAAUGUCGAUGUCGUGUUACACGCGUAUCACCCCGACCCCGACAAUUUAACAACUGUCCAUGACACACAUGGUCAAAUGGUGUUAGAUGGCAUCAAUUACGCCAUUAUAGGUGACACAAUCAGUUCAACAACAAGUGAAUUGAUAGUCCAACAAGACAUCCAUGUUUUCAAAACAAAUGCCAAAGAGCUUCCGAUCAUAUCCAACUCGGCAACAUCAGACACUUUAUCGAACUCCAUUGACUUCCCCAACUUUUUAAGAACAAUUCCCGUCGAUUCCUUCUCGUUCUCCUCUAUCGUCGCCUUUGUAGAUGCUUUUAAUAAGAAGAACGUCGCGAUGAUCUACACUAACGACCCGUCCGGAAACUCAGGGUACUUCAGAGUGAAUAAACUCUGCAACGAGAAAAACAUUUCCUUACUUGGUGUCGUCUAUUCAAAUACAAUGGAGAGCCUCAUGCAACAAGUCUACGACAUCCCAGUGAUCAUUUCUAAUAUGUACAUGGAAGAAUUGUUCGACACGUGGAAACGAUUCCCAAAGGCGUUAGACGCAAAGCACAUGUGGGUCUUAACAGAUGCCGCAAUGGUCAUAUCCGAGACUGAAUUUACUGAUGCCGGGUUCAAAGAUGUUAUCAACAAAAAUACAAAUGUUGUUGUUGCUAAUUUACUGUCAGUAGAUAACAACAUCAUCAAAGAAUUAAAAAGUAACUUCGGCGACCCACUGCCCCCCCUUGGAAGUGGUUACUAUGACGCAGUGACUGCUAUAGUAAAAGGGUGGAGUGCGUCCGGGUCCACUUACAAUUUCUCCAAAUUCACAGGUGUGAAAUUUGAAGGAGCGACUGGGAAAGUUUCCUUUGAUAGUAAUGGAGACCGGGUUGGUGUUAUGGGGAUAUACCGAAUAUUCAUUGGAAGGGACUACCCACUUCUCAGUCAAUUUGAGAAUGGGAAACUUACUUUUGAGAGUGGAUGGGCAGACUACCUAUUUGGAUAUACAGACGCUGAUAUUCGUCGAGAUAGUUCGCUUUCUGUGUAUUCUCUGAGUACUUUUGUCAUUCCAUUAAUUCUAUUCUUAUUCUAA